CGGGGCGGGAGAGAGCGGGGAGCCCGUGGGGCCCUUUGGGGCCGCGCUGCGAUGGAGCGAGAGCCUGAAGCGGCGGCGUUGUGGCGAUGAGGAGGUUUCGGAAUAGGCCUGUAGCCUGAGAGGGCUCGGCAGCGGCUGCAAGGGGGGAUUUGGGGGUUCUGGCGAGAGCCCGCGGCGUUUCGGCUGGAGACGCAAUCUCCCGUUCUCUUCCCCCACUGGAGCCGUGGCGGCGGGGGCUGUGGCGGCCACUCCGCCUCGGAGCGGGGGUGGAAGUGAGCGAAAGGCUGAGAGAGCCGUGGCUGCACGGCCUCUGCUGCCGCUGCGGGGGGUGGGAAACCCAGCGGGUGCGGAGGGAACGCCGCGGAAAGGGGCUCGGAGCAUUAAUUGGGUGGCUUGGAGCAGGAAGGGCUGCUGGAAAGAGUCCUGAGCGGAGGGGAAGUGAAAACCUCAGCUGCUUCUGAGUUAGUAAAAGAGAGUAAGAGAGGAGGCAGGAAAGAGAGUUUAUUUGCGUCGUAAAGAUGCCAAAUCUAAAGGGUCUGUGCGCUGCUGAACGCUUCGCAUCCCGUGGUGGGAGACAGCUGCAGAAGGUACUGUGAGUGCUAGGUUGUCGACAAAGAAGCUGGUCGAGAGCACUUCAGGAGUUCUUUGUAAGCUGUAUGGCACUGCGUAAACCAAAAUUGGGUACAGACGUAGGUGAGAGAAUGUGUAAGCUGGAGAAUAUGUGUGCUGGGAAGUUGGGGGGGUAUGUUUACAGAGUGCUGGAGACCAGCGAAUGAAAAGAAGUUGGAAACUGCACAAACAAAAGACUGAAGUGUUUCAUGUACACGAUAACGCACUCUCAACACGAGCCUGGUAGCCAUCACAUUCGUUCCUUUGGUACAGAAGAUAGACCAACUGAUAGACCUAUACCACCUCGAGAUGAAGUCUUUGAGUAUAUUAUAUUCCGUGGUAGCGACAUUAAAGACCUAACUGUCUGUGAGCCGCCAAAGCCUCAGUGUUCUUUGCCGCAGGACCCUGCUAUUGUUCAGUCUUCACUAGGAUCUUCAACAACAUCUUCAUUCCAGUCUGUGGGGUCCUAUGGUCCUUUUGGCAGAAUGCCUGCAUACAGUCAGUUUAGUCCAAGCCCGCUUGUGGGACAGCAGUUUGGCACUGUUGGAGUUGCAGGAGGUUCUUUAACGUCUUUUGGAACAGACUCUUCAGCCAGUGCUAGCAUGUCCCAAAGCACUGCAGUUGGUUCUGCAUUUACAGCAGAUGCAAGAGCACUAAAAACUCAGAUGUCUCAAGGUCGUUCAAGCCCUCAGAUAGAUCAUUUGAGAAGGAGCCCCACCAUGGAACAAGCAGUACAAACAGCUUCAGCCCACUUGCCUGCUCCAGCACCAGUUGGGAGGAGGAGUCCUGUGCCAGCCAGACCUAUGGUGUCUGCUAGCCAAAAAUCAUUAGAGAGUCAAGAGCACAGACGAGCUGAAGCACACAAGGUUUCAAGAUCAGAAAAUGAACUCAGAAAUGAAAACAAACGACAAAUUGUUCCAGGUGCUCCUUCAGCGCGGAGAGGCCGUGGAGGUCACCGAGGAGGCCGAGGAAGAUUUGGUAUUAGGAGGGAUGGUCCAAUGAAAUUUGAGAAGGACUUCGAUUUCGAAAGUGCAAAUGCACAGUUCAACAAGGAGGAAAUUGAUAGAGAAUUUCAUAAUAAACUUAAACUAAAAGAAGACAAGCUUGAGAAACCAGAGAAGCCUGUAAAUGGAGAAGACAAAGGUGACUCAGGUGUUGAUACCCAAAAUAGCGAAGGGAAUGCGGAUGAAGAAGAUCCACUUGGACCCAACUGCUACUAUGACAAAACCAAAUCCUUCUUUGAUAACAUCUCCUGUGAUGACAAUAGAGAACGUCGACCAACUUGGGCCGAGGAAAGACGAUUGAAUGCAGAGACGUUUGGAAUACCACUGCGUCCCAAUCGUGGCCGUGGAGGGUUCCGAGGCAGAGGAGGAAUUGGUUUCCGAGGUGGAAGAGGACGAGGAGGUGGAAGAGGUGGUUUCACUACUCCCCGUGGAUUCCGUGGUGGUUUCAGAGGAGGUCGUGGAGGCAGGGAGUUUGCUGACUUUGAAUAUAGGAAAGACAACAAAGUUGCUGCAUAGUCUACACGAAAGCUGAAACUGCGUGAACGUCUAGAUCUUCUUGAUCCAGAGAAUUAGUUUCAAUCUCUGCAAAGAAUGAAGUUAAUUUGCUGUAUACUUGUCACCAGCACUGGGAUUUAACUAUUUAAUUUCAAAGGGGUGUAAUGCAGUUACUUUUUGAAAAAUGGCCAUCUUUGAAAACAGUGAGCAUUAGAUAUAUUUGAGACAGAAGGAUAAGUAAUUUCUUAUGUAUAGUUAAUUAUAAAGCAGUACUUCGAUGGAGUUUAAGUAUUUUUUCAUCACUGAAAGGAUUUUUCUUAUUACUAAACUGUAUUUGAUAAUUGCUUCAAGUUGUAAGGACAAUUGUAUGCAGAAGGCCGUCGAUACUGUGAGUGUUUUGAUCCACUGAAGGUUGUUUUUUGGAAAUCCUGUAAUAUCCCUUUUGAGAUGGUUGUACUUUAUCAACUAGGGUGCUGGACAGUAGAAAACUUGCUUUGUCAGUCAGAUAUGUACACACAGUAAAUACUGUUUCUUAGGCAAAGGAAACUUUUUAUAUAGUUGUAAAAUUCCAUUAUAUCCCAUUGCCAAAGAAACAUUACAAACUUUGUAUAGCUGUAUAAAAAGCAACUAAUUUUUUAAAGAAUAAACAUUUUUAAGUCGGCAAACAAACUGUGUUAUUGCAGAAGUUGAUAUGCUGAAGAACACUGAAUUAGUUGGGUUUUUUCUUUAGCAGCUUUUCAAGCUUAAAUUUGAUUUUAUAUUUGGAGUAUAAUGAAGAUUUGAAAUGUUCUUCCACUACACAAAACUGGAUACACUCUUCGCUUCUCUUGCAAGCAAUUGAUUUUGUAGCUUCUGGCAUAUCACAGGAUUUGACCAAAUGAAAGAGAUAUUUUUCAAAUGAGGACAAAAAAAAAAAAACUUCAUAUGUCCAAAUUUUCAAUUAAUUUUACUUAGUGGUGAAUAUUAACUUUUUUUUAAUAAUGGACCAGGCACAUGAGUUAAAGCGAUUCUUCUGGAACGCCUGGGCCAGAAGUAUGUCUGCAUUCAUCAGUUCUUGAAACGUUAACUUUGUUGUAAUACCCGUAGACAUGAGCAGCUGAGGAAUUCUUAGUGUUUGGAGUUGUUUGCAUUUGAUAGGCCAUAGCUUGGAGGAGAACCUGGUUCUAAGACAUUGCAUCCGCAAAUGACAUAGUAUGGACUUUUUGCCAAUUCUGAAUGCCUAGUUCCACCUUGUGGAUAUGCUGAAAUAGAGACCCGGUCAUUUGUGUCUGUAUAUGUAUGUGAAGGCCACAGGAAUAAAGGGAUCCAAAGAUUAAAAGUUUUGAUCUAA